AUGAAUGUGCCAGCUACAAGAAAAGACCUCAUGAUAGUCAAUAUGGGGCCUCAACACCCAUCAAUGCAUGGUGUUCUUAGACUUAUUGUUACUCUGGAUGGUGAAGAUGUUAUUGAUUGUGAACCAAUAUUGGGUUAUUUACACAGAGGUAUGGAAAAAAUUGCGGAAAAUCGAACAAUUAUACAAUAUCUGCCUUAUGUAACACGUUGGGAUUAUUUAGCUACUAUGUUCACAGAAGCAAUAACCGUAAAUGGACCGGAACAAUUGGGAAAUAUUCAAGUACCUAAAAGAGCCAGCUAUAUACGAGUAAUUAUGUUGGAAUUAAGUCGCAUAGCUUCUCAUCUACUAUGGCUGGGACCUUUUAUGGCAGAUAUUGGUGCACACCCCUUUUUCUAUAUUUUUAGAGAAAGAGAAUUAAUAUAUGAUCUAUUUGAAGCUGCGACAGGUAUGAGAAUGAUGCAUAAUUAUUUUCGUAUUGGAGGAGUAGCGGCUGAUCUACCUUAUGGUUGGAUAGAUAAAUGUUUUGAUUUUUGCAAUUAUUUUUUAACAAGGGUUAUUGAAUAUCAAAAACUGAUUACGCGAAAUCCCAUUUUUUUAGAACGAGUUGAAGCCGUAGGUGUUGUUGGUAGAGAGGAAGUUAUAAAUUGGGGGUUAUCAGGACCGAUGCUUCGGGCUUCCGGAAUACAAUGGGAUCUACGUAAAGUCGAUAAUUAUGAGUGUUACGAGGAAUUUGAUUGGGAAGUUCAAUGGCAAAAAGAAGGAGAUUCAUUAGCUCGUUAUUUAGUUCGAAUUGGUGAAAUGAUGGAAUCCAUUAAAAUUAUUCAACAGGCUUUGGAAGGAAUUCCAGGUGGGCCAUAUGAAAAUUUAGAAAUUCGCUCCUUUGAUAGAGAAAAGGAGCCAGAAUGGAAUGAUUUUGAAUAUCGAUUCAUUGGUAAAAAAUCGUCUCCGACUUUUGAAUUGCCCAAACAAGAACUUUAUGUGAGAGUUGAGGCCCCCAAGGGGGAAUUAGGAAUUUUUCUACUAGGAGAUCAGAAUGGUUUUCCUUGGAGAUGGAAAAUUCGUCCACCUGGUUUUAUCAAUUUGCAAAUUCUUCCUCAAUUAGUUAAAAGAAUGAAAUUGGCUGAUAUUAUGACAAUACUAGGUAGCAUAGAUAUCAUUAUGGGAGAAGUUGAUCGUUGA